UCAGCCGGAACCGGGCAGGAUUCCCCUGGGAACCCAUGAACUUCAUUGACAGAGCCUCACAAUGACAGAGGAAGCAUGCAGGACACGGAGUCAGAAACGAGCGCUAGAACGUGAGGUACCGCAUAACGAUGUGGACAGCAAAAAAAUAAAAAUGGAAAAAGGACUAUUAGGAGCGGACGUAAACGCUGAAGGCGACAUGAAAAUAAAAGCAGAUCCUGCAGCUGCAAAAGUGCAAGGAUUGUUAAAAGGUGGAGAAGUGAAAGCUACCAUCAAAGUGGAGGUGCAGACGGGCGAUGAACCUGUGGACAUGAGCACGUCCAAGGGUGAAAUAAAGAGAGAAAAGAGAGUACCCUCCCCAGAUGUUAUAGUGUUAUCAGACAAUGAACCUUCUAGCCCUAGAAUGAAUGGUUUAACAAAAAUAGCAUUAAAAGAGACCAACACGGAGGCGCUCAUGAAAAGCAGUCCAGAGGAGCGUGAGAGAAUGAUUAAACAACUAAAAGAAGAGCUACGGUUAGAAGAAGCAAAGCUUGUUUUAUUGAAAAAGUUACGGCAAAGUCAAAUCCAGAAGGAGACCACUACUCAGAAGACCUCUUCUACACGUAUACCGGGCACUGUUAUUCCUCCUCCGUUGGUCCGUGGUGGCCAGCAGACUUCGUCAAAGUUAGGGACUCAGCAGAACACACAGAUAGUGAUGCCACCUCUUGUCAGAGGGGCACAGCAAAUCCACAACAUCCGACAGCACUCCAGCACAGGGCCGCCUCCGCUGCUGCUGGCACCGCGGGCAUCGGUCCCCAGUGUGCAAAUUCAGGGGCAGAGAAUUAUACAACAGGGUCUGAUCCGUGUCGCCAAUGUCCCCAAUGCCAGCCUGCUUGUCAAUAUCCCACAGGCGUCCCCGACCUCGAUCAAAGGCACCGCGGUGACGUCGGCGCAGGCGAACGCCACCACGACGAGCGCCGCGUCCAUGGGCAGCGCGGGCGAGUCGCCCGCGAGCCGGCAGGCGGCCGCCAAGCUGGCCCUGCGCAAGCAGCUGGAGAAGACGCUGCUCGAGAUUCCGCCUCCGCAGCCUCCCGCGCCGGAGAUGAACUUCCUGCCCAGCGCGGCUAAUAACGAGUUUAUUUACUUGGUCGGCUUGGAGGAAGUUGUGCAGAAUUUGCUGGAAACUCAAGGUAAAGUCGCAGUCGCCGCCUGCUCCCGCGAGCCCUACGUGUGCGCGCAGUGCAAGACCGACUUCACGUGCCGCUGGCGGGAGGAGAAGAACGGCACCAUCAUGUGCGAAACCUGCAUGACGUCCAACCAGAAGAAGGCCUUGAAGGCCGAGCACACCAACCGGCUGAAGGCCGCCUUCGUGAAGGCCCUGCAGCAGGAGCAGGAGAUCGAGCAGAGGAUCCUGCAGCAGACGGCGUCCCCGGUGCAGAGCAAGGCAGAGCCCAUCGCGCAGCACCACUCGCUCAAGCAGACCGCUAGCCAGAUGUCUCGCGGCGCGGGAGCCCCGCGGGGAGUGUUGCAUGCGUUUAGCCAGUCCCCCAAGCUGCAGAAUGCAUCGUCUGCAGCAGCACUGGGGAGCAGGCCAGGUAAGCAUGCUGAGAGACCGGUCAGCAAGGGCAGCGCUGCCGCCUGGAAGAAGACUCCCAUCACCACAGGUGGGGCUUUACCUUUUGUUAAUCCUAGUUUAGCUGUGCACAAGUCGUCUUCAGCAGUAGACCGCCAGCGCGAAUAUCUCCUGGAUAUGAUUCCCCCACGGUCCAUCCCACAGUCUGCCACGUGGAAAUAAUGCAGAGGAAUGCCCAAGAGGAAGACUUAACCUGUUUCUGCCAUCCUUUCUAUACCACAUUACAGUGGAAUCUGCUUUAAUCCCAGCUGGAUAUGCCCCAGGCUUCAUAGGAUGCAAGAAGACCACUCCUCAUCACAUCGAGUGCUGCUGUCCCUGCUAUGAGAAAAUGACACCACGUGGGUGGGAAAGACUUGAGCUCGUUUGGUUCUCAGAUUCUUAGGAUUGGUUGAUGAUGAAGGCUGUCAGGGAAGGGGAAGAAUUCAUAAUUUUUUGGCUUUAUGUAUUUAGGUUUUUGUCACCAGCACAAAAGGAGGACUAAGGACUCCCUGCCUUCGGUUCCUGUGUUAGUAACUCCCGCUCACCGGGAACGCGCGAUCGAGCGUGGACGGCGGUUCAAGGAAAGAGGAAUUUCAGCCUGAUGUUGCAGAUACGUUUAGUGAGCCGAAUUCAUGUUUGCUUUUCUUCCCUGCCCCUCCUCAAGCCAGGAAGGCAGCCUACAGAUUAUAAUGUUUCCAAAUCAUCUGAUGAUGAGCUAAUGAUAAAUGAGUACAAACUCCAAUUCC